AUGGCUGCUAUUGCUUCAAACACAAAAACCCAUUUUCAUACACGAUCUAUCAGCUUGCCCUUUACAUCAGACCAAUCAUCUGUAUUGAAUGAGAAGCUCUACAGAUCAAAAUCUUCUCAAGAGGCCAUCACAUCUUGUUCCUCGUCAUCGUUAUCACUAAUAGCCCAGAAACUAAAUGGCCUUCAUGAUGUCUAUGAAUCUGUCAAGACGUUGCUUGCAAUGCCAUCCACUCAACAAUCCCUAAGCCAAAAAUGCUAUAAAGAACAGAUGAACGAGUUGUUAGAUGAACUUCUUGAUCUUCUGGAUCUUUGUAGCACCACCAAGGAUGCCUUGUGUAUGUCAAUGGACUCUGCCAAAGAACUCCAGUCAGUUCUUAGAAGAAAAAGAGAAUGUAAUCAUGGGAUGAUCUCCUCAGCAGUCAUGGAACAUCUAUCUCAAAGAAGAACUGUGAAGAAGGCUGUUCUUAAAGCUUUGUCAGGUAUGAGAAAACAAGGCUCUUUUUCAAUCAAAGAAGAUCACCUAACCACCACGUCCAACAUCAAUAUUUUGAAGGAAAUGGGAUUGAACACUUUCAUGGUGUUUGAAUCCUUGUUGACAUUCAUUAUUGGAUCAAACCCACAGUCAACGCCAAAAGGGUGGUCUUUGGUCUUGAAGACAAUGGGCUACAAGCGUUUCCAAUGUGAUCAAACAGUUGAAAAGAAUGAAGUUAAGAAGGUGGAUGAUGAACUACAUGCCCUUAUUAGCUACAAGAAUUCAAAAUUUGGCAGCUUAGAUGUUGAGAAUAUACAGAAGGGGUUAGCAGAAAUGGAAUUUAGCCUUCUAGAUCUCACUGAACAAGUAGAUUGCCUUUGCAGACAUUUGAUCAAAACCAGAGUGUCACUUCUAAACAUCCUCAACUGCUAG